AUUCCUGCAAUGAGACUCGAGGGUGAAGGAGAGAGACUGAGAGUCAGACAGACAGACAGAGAGACAAAGAUCGACUGAGAGAGAGAGACCGAGCGAGAAAGACAGAAAGUGACUGAGCGAGAGACAGAGAGUGAGAGAGCAACAUAGAAACUGACAGAGAGAGAGACCGUGAGCUCAAAGUCCUCUCAUUUUGAGUUUAUCUUAUUACCACACCUUAAAUUUUAUACAAUUAUACCCGACAGUGUAGAGGAGCUUUACUGUGUCUAACCCUGACCUGGGGGUGUGGACGCACAGUGUAGAGGAGCUAAAUUGUGUGCCUAACUAUCUCUCACAGAACAUGGCAAAUCAUGGACCUGUCUAUGGUUUAAACAGAGAGUUACAGAAAAAACUGAAUGAAAAAUACGACAGCAAUUUAGAAAUUUGUCUGAUAGACUGGAUAUCUAUUCAAUGUCAAAUUCAGAAACCAGAUCCUGGGAGACGUAGUUUCCAAAACUGGCUCAAGGAUGGGACGGUGUUGUGUCAUCUGAUAAAUUCUCUCUAUCCAGUGUCAAACCAUCCCAUUGAAAGAGUAGUUGAAUCGAAAAUGGCAUUUAAACAAAUGGAAUUAAUUUCUCAAUUCCUUACGGCAAUCCAAGAAUAUGGAUUGGGGAAGUUUGAGAUAUUUCAAACUGUUGACUUGUGGGAGGCUAAAGAUUUAGCGGCUGUUCAGAGAACAUUGAUGAAUCUCGGGAGUUUAGCGCUGUCAAAAGAUAACGGAUUAUAUGUCGGUAAUCCUGACUGGUUUCCGAGGAAAUCCACCGAAAACCCUCGUAAAUUUACUGCGGAGCAACUGAAACGUGGAAAUUCCAUCAUUGGUUUACAAAUGGGAACGAAUAGAGGAGCGUCUCAGUCUGGAAUGACAGGAUAUGGGACUCCGAGACAGAUUCAUUAACCCUAAACCCCAUCUCCCUCUCACACCUCAACCGCUCUCUCCUCCUCAUUGUCAACUCCUAAGACGUGUGAGUGGUUGGUUUUGGUUGCAAUUUGGUUUUGGAAUUAAAGCUGUGAUAUUC